AUGGAUCAAUUCAACGCGGAUACAGAUACCUACAGGUCGGUGACCAUCAACAGCUUGUUAUCUCUGGCAGGAAAGACUGUGGUUGUUACUGGGGGUUGCAGAGGACUUGGACUGAGUAUCGCCGUUGGCUGCGCCGAGUUUGGGGGCACGGUCGUGAUAGUAGACAUUCUCGAUGAGCCCAAGGAGGAUUUAUCUCGUCUGAGAACAGAAAAUAACAUCACACUUCAUUACAGACAUGUCAAUGUAGCGAGCUAUGAUGGACUCCAGUCUACCUUCGCCGAGAUUGCAGAGACCUUCGGCUGCAUUCAGUGUCUUGUCAAUGCGGCAGGAGUUGGUACCGGCGGUCCCUUUCUUGAAUGUGGGAAGGCAGUCAUUGACAAGAUUUUGGACGUCAAUGUAAAAGGAACGAUAUUGGCAACGCAACUUGCUAUCGAGCAGAUGACGGAUAAAGGUGUAGAGGGGGCUAUAGUCAACAUAUCUUCCAUCGGUGGACAUGCUGGCAUCCCCGGCCAGCAGAAUGCCGCAUACUGUGCCUCUAAAGGUGCCAUCCUUGGCUUUACUAAGUCACUUGCUGUAGAGUUUGCCCAACGCCGCAUUCGCGUCAACAGUGUAAGUCCGGGUUUCUUUCUGACAAAGGUCACACCAGGCUACGUGGAGAGAGACGUUGAGAGACUAAAGCUCUUUGAGAGCUUAGUGCCCAUGGGACGUUUUGCCGAUAGGGCUGAGCUCAAAAGUCUUGUUGCAUUCCUCUUGUCACCAGCAAGUUCCUAUAUCACUGGAGAGGAUAUUGUCAUCGAUGGUGGUGUGCUAGCCUGA